AUGAGGAGCAUAUUGGAAGAAUCGAUGCUGGAAACGCGCAGCAUGCCUCUCGAAAAUCGACCGCGACUUCCCCGCAUUCCCCUUAGCAAGCGAAAUCGGGUUGUCGUGCGGGCUCUUAACCCAAUGAUGGUGACCUAUUUGGAAGCCAGCCGGGACCUUUGCAAGACGGACUCAAUUCUUUUUGGCGCCGCACUGGCAGUAUGCCGUAUUAUUGGCGCCAAACUUCCCAUGGCUGGACGUGCUACUCAACAAAGUAGCGCCAUCCCAGCCUGGAGAAAAAGAAUCGAGGACCGUAUAGCAAAGGCAAGGGCCCUUAUCGGCAGACUGACAAGCUUCAGGUCGGGUAAUAAUAGACCGUUAGAAUGGCGUUUGCUGGGACAAAUAUUAGUUUGUCCAGCCGAAUAUCACGCAGAAACUAACGGAGCGCAUAGAUGA